AUGGGUGAUGCCGUCGUGUUUGAGGAUAGCCUCGCGAAAGAAUAUGAAGACUGGGCGUGGAAGUGGGGCGGGUUGGUCUGUUCAACUGAAGUUGUCGGCAAGUAUUCUGGAGGCGAUGUGGCAUCAGACGUCGCCGCCAACUCGCAAGAUAAAGCGUGCGGCUCUGAUGUUAGUGUUGAUGUUGAUUUUGACGUUGACGUUGACGUUGACGUUGACGUUGACGUUGACGUUGUUGUCAAGUUCGUGUCAGGUUGGAUGAGGCUAGGCCCUCGUGCAGGCAGGGGAAGGGAUCGGAAGGGAACGGGGGUCAGCGGGAAGACCAGGCAGGGAAGCAGAGGACGCGGCGUGGCAAGGCAAGGCAAGGCAAGGCAAGGCAAGGCAGGUGCCAGGAAGGGACAGGUCAGGGCAGGGCAAGAGCUAGAGAUCGUGGGCGUGGUCCUGCUGGGAUUGGCAGCAAAAAAGGCAUGGAAGUCACGAUGGGACAGGCACCGCAGUGGCACUGGAUCGCAGCCACUGCAGCACGUGGGACACGUACUUUCUCGACCGGGGGGGGAGGGAAUAGCCGGGCGGCUUGUAGUCAGCAUGUCAACCUCAUGCCAUCUAGACACUCUGCGUACCAAGGAUGCUCUGAAUACUCUAUACUGGAUAGAACCUGAUGACUUCUGGAGCCAGGUAGCUCGGCUGAAUCGCCACGAGUACUGGACGAGAAGAGACGCUGAAUCAGUACGAGAUCCUUCAACAUAA